GUUUUUUCAGAGGAAGGAAACAAAGGUUAUGGACCCGUUUUCGAGGAGCAACCCAUUGAUACAAUCUACCCAGAAGAAUCUUCAGAUGGACAAGUUUCAAUGAACUGCAGGGCUCGAGCAAUUCCUUUUCCUACUUACAGGUGGAAACUCAACAACUGGGAUAUUGAUUUAACAAAGGAUCGCUACAGUAUGGUGGGAGGCAGACUUGUUAUCAAUAAUCCAGAGAAAUCAAGGGAUACUGGAAAAUAUGUCUGUGUAGUGUCGAAUAUCUUUGGAACUGUCAGAAGCAGUGAAGCCACUCUGAGUUUUGGAUAUCUGGAUCCCUUUCCACCUGAUGAACGCUAUGAGGUUAAAGUGCGAGAAGGUGUUGGAGCAGUGCUUCUUUGUGAGCCUCCUUACCACUACCCAGAUGAUCUCAGUUAUCGCUGGCUUUUAAAUGAGUUCCCAGUAUUCAUUCCUUUGGACAAACGACGAUUUGUGUCACAGACGAAUGGCAAUCUCUACAUUGCAAAUGUAGAAGCAUCGGAUAAGGGCAAUUAUUCAUGUUUUGUGUCCAGCCCUUCAAUAACGAAGAGUGUAUUCAGUAAAUUUAUUCCACUUAUUCCACAGUCCGAUCGUGCAAAAGUAUAUCCUGCUGAUAUCAAGGUGAAGUUCAAGGACACAUAUGCUCUCCUGGGGCAAAAUGUGACACUGGAGUGUUUUGCUCUUGGGAAUCCGGUUCCUGAACUCAGAUGGAGUAAAUACCUUGAACCCAUGCCAGCCACUGCUGAGAUAAGCAUGUCUGGUGCAGUUCUUAAGAUCUUCAAUAUUCAGUAUGAAGAUGAAGGACUUUAUGAAUGUGAAGCUGAAAAUUAUAAAGGAAAAGAUAAACAUCAGGCAAGAGUUUAUGUACAAGCCUCUCCUGAGUGGGUCGAACAUAUCAAUGACACAGAGAAGGAUAUAGGCAGUGACCUAUACUGGCCUUGUGUAGCUACAGGCAAGCCUGUUCCAACAAUUAGAUGGUUGAAGAAUGGUGCCUCGUUUCGGAAAGGUGAACUAAGAAUACAAAGUCUGAGCUUUGACGAUGCCGGCAUGUACCAAUGUAUAGCAGAAAACACGUAUGGAAUUAUUUAUGCAAAUGCUGAACUGAAGAUUGUGGCUUCACCUCCUACUUUUGAACUGAACCCUAUGAAGAAGAAAAUCCUAGCAGCUAAAGGGGGCCGUGUAAUCAUUGAAUGUAAGCCUAAAGCUGCUCCUAAGCCAAAAUUCUCGUGGAGCAAAGGAACAGAAUUGCUUGUAAAUGGGAGCCGCAUACGUAUCUGGGAUGAUGGGAGCCUGGAAAUUAUCAAUAUCACAAAGCUGGAUGAAGGUCGUUACACCUGUUUUGCAGAAAAUAACAGAGGAAAAGCUAAUAGCACUGGUGUUCUAGAGAUGACAGAAGCUACAAGAAUUACUUUAGCUCCGUUGAAUGUUGAUGUCACCGUUGGAGAGAAUGCUACCAUGCAAUGCAUUGCAUCCCAUGAUCCCACAUUAGACCUGACAUUUAUUUGGUCUCUAAAUGGCUUUGUAAUAGAUUUUGAGAAAGAGCACGAACAUUAUGAAAGGAAUGUUAUGGUAAGAUACUAUAGAUCCUUAUUUAAUACGU